GAAAACCAUUCAAAAUACACAACAACAAAAAUUAUUUUAAGCAUGAAAAUAAAAAAAUAAAAAAAUAAAAAACAAAACAAUGAAAAUGAAAAUGAAAAUGAAAAUGAAAAUGAAAAUGAAAAUUAAAAUAAAAAUACAAAAACAAACUCUAUAUUCUAACAAAAACUCACCAAGAAAAUUAAAAAAAUCAGAAAAGUACCCAUUUAAUAAUCACUUGUCGGAUAUUAUUAUUUUCAUUCUGUUAUUUAAGUAUUUAAAAUCAAAAAAAAAAAAAAAAAUUAUAAACAUACCAAAUUAGAUAAAUAAAACAAAGGAUAAAAAAAAUUUUAAAUUGUCAAGUGAUAAAAAAAUAUACAAAAAGAUUAAUGGUUAAAUAAAA